AUGCAAGGACAACACCCGUCCAACAUGCAGUACAUGCAUCAGGUCGCCGGGCUCUCGGGCCAGAACAGACAAGGAACUGGAGGAGCUGGAGGAGCUGGAGGAGCUGGGGGAGCUGGAGGAACUGGAGGUGCACCACCAGGAGGACUCUCUGCAGGCGGGAUGCACGGACUGGGGCCCAACCAGAUGAACUUUGGUGCAGGAGGUGGAGGAGUUGGAGGAGGCGUCAAUGGAAUGAAUAAUAACCAGCUUGCCAUGCAACUCCAUCAACAGCAGCAACAACAGCAACAACAGCUCCACCAGCAGCAACAAAGACAGCAACAGCAGCAGCAACAGCAACAAUUGCAGCAGCAACAACAACUUCAGCAGCAGCAGCAACAAGCUCAGGCUCAGGCGCAAGCUCAAGCGCAAGCUCAGGCGCAAACCCAACAGCAGCAACAACAGCAACAAUUUAGGAUCGCGACUAUUGAGGACGAAAAGAUCUACUUACUGGUCCUUGAAUUGACCAACCCUGUCAACCGUGAGCAAGCCUUGCUGGAGUUGAGCAAGAAACGCGAGCAGUUUGAUGAACUCGCCCUCGUCCUCUGGCAUUCCUAUGGCGUGAUGGCUGCAUUGCUGCAGGAGAUCGUGUCAGUGUAUCCUUUGUUGGUUCCCUCAGGAUUGACAGCCCAUGCCUCCAACCGCGUAUGCAACGCCCUGGCGCUUCUGCAGUGCGUGGCCAGUCAUCCAGAGACCAGGGGUCUCUUCCUCAAUGGUACUAACGACAACACAGAAGUGAUCACAUUCUUGCUUUCAACUGAGAUCAUCCCUCUCUGCCUUCGCAUCAUGGAGACCGGAAGCGAACUCUCCAAAACUGUUGCGAUCUUUAUUGUGCAGAGGAUCCUGCUAGAUGAGACUGGACUGGCAUACAUCUGCCAGACAUACGAGCGAUUUUACGCUGUUGGCACAGUUCUUAGCAACAUGGUCUUCCAACUAGUCGAUACCCUUGCCGUUCGACUCCUCAAACACGUUAUCAAAUGCUACCUCCGCCUCUCUGACAAUGCCAGGGCUCGGGAGGCGCUGAGGCAGUGUUUGCCGGAACCGCUGCGGGAUGCGACGUUUGCGCAUGUUCUCAAGGAUGACCCCAACACGAAGCGAUGCUUGUCGCAGUUGCUCCUUGCUUUGUCCGACACCUCCAACAAUGCCAACACCACCAACAACGCCACCAACAACAGCGGACUUGGCAACUAA